ACUUCUUCUUUGUGUAUCCAGUGUUGGCCAUCUCUGGGCCAUUUAGCUUGGAGCUUGUAGAGGUUGACUCUGAGCUCUGGCCAGGUCUCUUUGUCACAUCUUGGAGAGACAGAUACAAGAAGUCUUGACCUUCUGAGCGUAGACCUAAACAAUGGUGCAAGAAAGACAUUCCCAAGGUGGAGGGGAGGGAGUCGGAGUCUGCUGGUCCCUGAGAGACUGGUCAGUCUCAGUGAUUUCCAUCCUACUCCUCAGCACCUGUUUCAUCGGCAGCUGUGUGGUGACUUACCAGUUUGUGAUGAACAAGCCCAAAACAAAACUGUCUGAACUCCAUGCAUACCAUUCCAGUCUCACCUGCUUCAGUGAAGGGACAAGGGUGUCAGAAAAAAUGUGGGGAUGCUGCCCGAGUAACUGGAAGUCAUUUGGCUCCAGCUGCUACCUCAUUUCUACCAAGGAAAACAUCUGGAGCAUCAGCGAGCGGAAGUGCAUCGAGAUGGGGGCUCAUUUGGCGGUGAUCAACACGGAAGCUGAGCAGAACUUCAUCACCCAACAGCUGAAUAAGUCGGUUGCUUACUUCCUGGGCCUUUCUGAUCCACGAGGUAACGGCAACUGGCAAUGGAUCGAUAACACUCCUUUCAAUCAAAACGUCAGGUUCUGGCACAUACAUGAGCCCAACCUGCCUGAAGAGCGGUGUGCUUCAAUUGUGUACUGGCACCCUAUGCAAUGGGGCUGGAAUGAUGUGUUCUGUGAUGGUAAAUACAACUCAAUAUGUGAGAUGAAGAAGACUUACCUAUGAGUGGCAUUUUGUUCAUUUAUACCUUCAAAGUCUCUUGGCAUGUCACGUGACUGCAGCCAUUCUUUUCCUAGCUGUUCCUUUUGACUGAUGACAGAAUGUAUCCUUCCUCUCUGUGACGGAUAGUCUUGUCAAUUGGACACAAACUAGAAUCACCUGGGAGGAGGAAUCCCCAGCUAGGGAGUUGCCUCCAUCAGACUGGCUUGUCAGCAUGUCUGUGGGGCAUUUCCUUGAUAUGAUUAUUGAAAGAGAGUCCAGUGGGUACUGGGUAGGUGGUCGUGGGUGAUGGAAGAAAGCAAGUUAAAAAAGGCAUGGCAAGCAAGCCCGUAAGCAUUGUCCCUUCAUCUCUGCCCCAGGCUCUUGCUCUGGCUUCUUUCUGCAAUGAACUGUUGUUACUUGAAAGUAUAAGAUGAAAUAAAUCACUUUCUCCAAGCU